AUGGAUCGGCUGAAAUGGCUAUAUCAAUUUGUAAAGCAUAAAAUCGACAAUAACGAGCGUUGUGAUCCAAAUAUUUAUAUCGUUUUGAGUGGAGGAUUUACGGGAAAUUGUCAAACCGGAGACCUUCUCGUCGUUAUAAUCAACAAAAUUCGAGAAUCUGCUUAUUUGACUAAAAGAGUCGAUUAUCCGAAUUUAGUACUCGUUCAGUAUGCGGAAAGUGUUCCCAGUUCUUCCAAUCAAAUCGUAUUCUGGACAAAUCCUGCUUACAGUGAAUAUGCUGAAAGUCAAUGGAAAGAUUUAAUAAAUUUGUUCGACGGUCCAUCUGUCUUAAAUCCAUUUCUUCAAUGCGACGGAUUUUUAACAAAUCAGUAUGGCCCAGAACGAAUGAGAGUGGAUUUCAAUCCUACUGGACAUGAAUCGAAGCACCGCCUAUUCUACGACAGCAUUGAACAAGUUCAUUAUAAUCACUUUUCGACGUUUCAAAAUCUUAUUCUGUUAUUAUUCCAAGCCCAACAUUGUGACGAAUGCCUUUUGAUUAUUCUGAAUUCUCUGAGAACUUCUAAAGAAAUUGAUAAUUUCGUGUGGAAAGUGGGAAGAGGAGUGUGGAGUCCGAAGGAGAAGAGAGAUAUGGAUAGGUGUAUUGCAUGGGUUGACGAUAAUUAUGAAUUGUAUUGGCCAAGGUGUUGGAGAUAUAACCUGCAGGAAGAAGUGCAGCCACAAACCAGCCACAUGACCCAGAAUGAUAUUCGAUUAGGACAAGUGCUGCUCCCAUCGCCACCUCCUCCAACAGAAUCGCCUCCAUACUACAAUGACAGAAGGGAUUUUGUUGGAAAUGCUCAAUAUCAUCCACAAGCAUCCGUUCCUUCCCACACCGACCCCAGAAUUUCCUAUAAUAAAACUCAGCCAAAACCCUUACCAUCCCCGCAAAGACCGGCUCCAACCAAGGGAUUCCAUCCUGAAAAAGUUUCAACCCUUGCUCCACCGGUACUCCUUCAAUCAGCACCGGAACCGUCCCUCAAACGUCUAACAGAUGUUAUUCAAAUUGUAGUAGACCAAGCGAAGUCAUCACCAACGACUUCAUUCUUCAACGCCACGAAACCCAUAAUUAAAAAUAAUACUCCAAAAACUCCAUGUAGUCAGACAUCGUCUACGUCAACUACAAAUACUAAAUUUGCUUCGAAUUCCCAAAAAAAUGAGAGAAAAAGCUCUGAAGAAGAAGAAAUAGAGAAAAUCCGAGAGGGAAUGAAAGAUAUCCAGAAAAAAUGGCAUCAUAACGCGAGGGUUAAAACGUCGAAAAAAUUUAAAAAGCUGGAAGAACAAGAACGAGAAGUGAUUCUGAAGCUGUUGAGAAAAGAAGGCGUGGAAAUUGAAGAAAUUGGAUUCAAAACUGAUAAUCCAGUUGUGGAUAGAGAGUUGGAGACGGCUGUGUUGAAAGUUUUGAAUUCGAACCUUGCACUAGAAUUCCAAACAAUUCUCCGAAAAGCCGAAGCGAAUGCUUAUUCGUAUUAUAUCGACCCGAAAAGUUCAGUGGACGUUGAGACUAUGAUCAUGACUGCGAUCACCGAGAAGUUGCGAGCGGUUUAUAGUGAUUUUAAAAACAAGAAUCUGUACAAAGAAACGUCUAGUCUGUAUAUCGAUCUUUCUGAUGACGAGGAAUAUGUGCCAGAAACCAAUCAAAACGACGUCGAAAUGAAAUCCUCUCAGGAUACAGAAGACGAUGACAAUGAUGGAUUUUCUACGACAGUAAUCAGUGACGACACUUCGAGCGAAUCUUCCACCCCAAUUCGAUCGGCAUCACUUCAAUCAGUGCUCUCCGAUGAGCCAGAUGAGCCAAGUCCACCCCCCGCUAAAGACGAAAUUAUCACCGCCUACUACAGUAUCACCGAUGUUCUAGAUACUAAAACAUUGAAAUUGCCUAUGAAUCGAAAGAAAACUGACACAUUCUGCGCGUUUUGUAUCACUUUUCACUCGAAUUCCAAUCAUUUGUGUUUAGUUUUGAAUGAUGCCGAGGCGUUCGUUGUGAAGGAGGUUAAUAUGUCGUUUUUCAAGAAGGAAACAGCUGGAAAAUUUGAUAUGAAUAUGUUGAAUAAGUUGAAGAAGUUUAUUGAAGAACAGAUUGAUUCAUGGAAACAGAAACAGCCGAGUGGAGAGAGAAUUGUGGAGGAGAAAACGGUAGGGAAGUGGUUGAAACCAUACUUGCACAAGCGGGCCUUGUGCGGGCCUUGA